AUGCACAUCACAUGGAAAAAUGUAUAAAAUAUCCGACGUAUAAUUUUUCUUAUAAUAUUUAUUAUGUUAAACAAUUUUCUACUUUUUUGUUCUAUUUUUUUAAAAAUAUGAAUUUAUAUAAAAAUUUUCAGUCUAAUAAUAAAUAUAAAAUGGAAUAUAUUAUCGAUAGGAAAGACGGUAAUUUUGUCAUAUCACUUUCGUAAUAUAAUAAACUACAAAUUGUAAUUUUUACAAUUCUAAUAAUUUUGUUUUUAAUUUGUAGAUAUUUAGACAUGGCGAUCGAACACCAAGUAAAGCAGAGAUAUAUCCUAAAUUACCUCACAAUCCUAUUUAUGACACACUUGGUUAUGGUCAGUUAACUGAGAAAGGGAAAAUAAGGGAACUUCUUCUUGGUGCAAUGUUGAGAAAAAGAUAUAGUACAUUUCUUGGUGGAAGUUAUAAGUAUGGUAGCGUUUAUGCCUACAGUUCAGAUUUUGAUCGAACAAAAAUGUCACUGCAGCUCCUUUUGGCCGGUAUAUAUCCUCCAACAUUAAGUAACGUAGGUCACAUCGAGUUAUCUCCAAUAGCAACGCAAUACUUGCCAAUACUUAUAGACAAUCUACUAUUUCCAACGCGUUGUCCAGUAUAUGAAGAAGAAUAUCGCAAAAUGAAAAAUUCACUUUUGGUUCAAACAAACAUAAUCAAGAACAAACAGCUUUUUGAUUAUCUUGAUUAUUAUACGGGUAUAAAUAUGACAGUGGAUCCAAUCUUUUCAACUUACGUACUGCAUCACUUCCUGAAGUCACAGGAAAGUAUGAACAUUGCAUUUCCGGAAUGGGCAACUAAUGAAGUACAGAAACAAAUGAUCCCAAUCGUAGAAUUAGAAUAUGAAAUCCUAUCUUACAACGUGUUAAUGAAACGAAUAAAUGGAGGUCAUCUUGUAAAAGAAUUUAUCAAAAAUAUGAAUGCAAAAGCAAAUCCUUCUCCAAGGAUCUAUGUAUACAGUGGGCACGAAGUAAACAUUGCAGCUUUUGCCAAAGCACACAAUUUUAUUGAACCUAGAAUACCCAGCUUUGGAUCUGCAAUUAUAGUCGAAAAAUUGCGAGAUAGUAUUGGGAAACAUUUCGUUCAAAUAUUAGUUUGGAAUGGCGAAAAAUUAGAGCCUUACACGAUUCCUUGGUGUGGUAAAAUAUGCCCGUAUGACACGUAUGUUAAACUUAUGCGAAAUGUCAUCCCUUCAGAUGAAGAAUCAAAUUGCUUAUGGAAUAAUGUAUCAACGGAUAAAAUACGUUACUAUUAUACAGUAAAAAUAAAUUUGUAAAAUAUCUGUUAUAUUUUACAAAUAUGGAUUUGUAAAAUAUCUGUCAAUAAAACUUAUUUGUGCUAAUAAUCGAUAUUAAAUUAUUUAUUAAUUACUUUGGAUAUUACCGAUUAUUCACUUUUAUAUAGCUCAGAAUUAAUUUAAUUUAAAUAUAUUUAACAAACAUUCAAUGUCUAUCUCCUCGUAAACAAAGCAUUAUAUGGAAAAAUUUAUUUCUGUAUUUUUCGAUUGUACCAUAACAAAAUAGAAUAUAUAAAUAUAAUAACAUAGUAUAAAAACAUAUUUUGUAUUCUUAUGUUUAUUAACGUUAUGUUGUGACUCAUUAUGUCAUAUUAUGAUUCAGUUGAUGAUCACAAUUAUGAAAUGAAUUAUUAACUUCCGAAGAACCAUCUAUUUAAUUUACAUAUAUUUUAGUUUAACUUUAUAUAUUCUUUGAUUGAAAUUAAAAACAAAUAAUUUACAUAAAUAAUAAAAUAAUGAAAUAAUAAACGCAAAUCGAUCAUGAUCGUGAUAGCUGAGCUGUCACGUUAAUAUUCCAAGACAAAUGGACACUGGAUCGUGUGAAAUUUCAUUUAUGAAUUUUUCAAAGCAAAUUUUUAUUUUUUUCUAGGAAACUGUUCAUAGAUUUAAUUUAAAAAAAAACUUAUUACAUAAUAUAGUAAACAACUUCAUCAAGUAAUUCAAAUUUUUUUAUUUUAUAUAUAAAAGGAUAAGAUAGAUAAUACCAAAAACAUGGAUGACUCAGUUUAUGGACAUUCUCGAUGCUUGACAAUGAAGUGUUAAUUAGUCAAUUAGAACCGAAUUAUCACUUGUAUUUCUCACAUUUUUGUAACACCUGAUUGUCCAUCUUCCUUAUUCUGCUAAUUUCGUCUAACAUUAUGUAUGACAAAAGUUUUUAAGCGCGUUAAUAUGAUAUAUAGAUUAACGUUCUAUUAUCAAACUGUCGAAAAUUAAUUAAUUAUUAAAUCGAUUUAUAUUGAUAUUUCUUUUCAAUUUUCUAUUCCAUCGUUAUUUUCUUUAAAUUAGUUAACAUUGCUUAAACAUUACAUAUGCAUUACUUCCAUAUUGAAAUGUUAACAAAUUAAAUAUUAAAUUAAAUAUUAAUAAUCAAAAACUAUUAUUGAUUGUUGAUUAAGAUUCUAUACAAGACAAGUAAAAUUCUAACAUUGAUUACAAUUGGAAUUGGAUUGCUUUUUUCAGAAAUAAGAAACUGAAAAUUUUAAGAACAUAAUUAUAAAGAGUUUUUAUAUUAUUUUAUUAACAACUUAGAAUUAA